UCAAAGUCCUACACCGGGGAAAGCUCUUUUUUGAGCUCUCACCAUGUGUCAAAUUUACCAUGGGACUGUCAGGAAUUUCAUACUUUGCUUCCAAAACAGCUAGAGAGCAGAAGGAGAGGAGAGAUUGAGACUCUGUGUGUGUGUGUGUGUGUGGGUCUGAACCAAACCAAAAGGACACCUCUUUUUUUUCUGCUUCUUUUUUUUUUGGAGUCUUUUCACCCAGGUUUUCAUUCAGCUGGAGUGGCGUGUGUAAGAUGUUUGGGGGUUAUGGUUGCAUGGUGUGGUGCAGCGAUCGAGGAAAUACCUAAGAGGAGAGGCCUGUGGACACUGAGAUAGGAUUAUGUGCUGGAGGACGAUAGCACUCAAUUUUGGAUUCUGGUUGUGGAUGGUGAGUAUGGACCCCCUACGAGCUUCAGGCCCGGCCGAGGAGGCUUUAUGUUGGGGUGGACGAGCCUGGGCUGCUGGAAACUUCAGCUGUGUGGAACCUGAGCCAUAUCUAUUACUCGGAAUCGGAAAUAGCAUUCAGAGAAUGAACCUCGACGGAGGGGACCGGAGAAGAAUCAUUUCCAGGGUGGGAAGGUCCAUAUUGUUGGACCUUCACUUAAGCGAGUGGACGAUGUUUUGGGCGGACACCCAAAAGGGACAAGUCAGCAGAGCAGGACUGGAUGGAACAAGAAGACAGAAGCUUCUGUCCUCAGUGAAGGGAAUCACUGGUCUGGCUGUGGACUGGAUUGAAAACUCAGUCCUCUGGAGCAAUGCAGAUGAAGGAACAAUACAGAGAAUGGACACAGAUGGCAGGAACGACAGGGUUGUCUUGAGAAAUCUGUCUCAGCCCAGAGGUGUUGUUGUUGAUCCAAAUGAAAGAUAUAUUUUCUGGUUGUCAGAUGGGAAGACUCCCAGCAUCCAGCGAUCAGACAUGACAGGCGAAAAGAUGAGCACAGUGCUGAAGGUAGCGGUCAGACUCAAGGUUCUGGCUGUUGACCACCGGGACAGGAGACUUUUCUGGGUUCAGCAAGGCCAAGGAGAACACACUGCGAUGGGCUCCUGCAACUAUGAUGGAAACAUUAUCAACGUCUUUAAUCAGCAAUUCAGAUCUCAAUCUCCAAGAAUGACGAUUUUUUUGGAUUAUGUGUAUCUGUCGGACUCAAUGUCAAAAACUAUAACGCGAGUGAACAAGCACACAGGGGGUCGACAGGAAAAUGUCAGUUCUGAAAGGAUGCCACAAGCCCCUGCUGAUGUUAAAGUGGUACAUCCCAUCAAUCAGCCAGUAUCAGUAAUCAGCCAGUGGACUUCAACUCCUUUUACUCCAGGCUGCAGUCGACACACAGGAGAGUGUGUGAAAGUGUGCUCCAGUCACACUGACACUGGUCUCUGCCGCUGCAAGGAUGGUUUUGCCCUCAGUAAACAUGGAAACAUCUGUGAAGAUAUCAAUGAAUGUUCCCUAUGGAAUCACGGCUGCUCUCUGGGAUGCGAGAACGUUCCGGGCUCUUACUUCUGCACCUGUCCUGAGGGUUACCUGUUACUGCCCGAUUUAAAGACCUGCCAAGAGAACAAGCCUUGUAUGGGGAAAGCUGUGGAUUGUGAUCAUGCAUGUGUUCACACAGCACAAGGAGAUAUGUGUGUAUGUCCUGAAGGAUCCCUACUCAAUCCUGAUGGCCAAUCUUGUACAGGCUGUUUGUCUGCAGAUCGUGGUGGCUGCAGUCAGAUGUGUGUGACUUUAUAUCCAGGCCGGUGGGUUUGUGAAUGCCAGCCUGGAUACCAAAUACAGCCUGAUGUAAAACACUGCGCUGCCACUGGACCUCCAGCGGACCUGCUGUUUGCCAAUAUAGUGGAUUUAAGGAAGAUUAACACGGAUGGCAAACUGAUCAGAAAACUGCUAGAAGAACCAGGAGGCAAUUUUACAGGAGUGGACUAUGAUCCAGUGCAGAACAAGAUAUAUUUUGCAGAUAAAGGCCUGAAGCACAUUGAGAGAGCUUCAAUGGAUGGAGAAUUUAGAGAGCUGCUCUUCUCCACUGGACUGGACUCUCCUGAGGCUCUGGCUGUAGACUGGAUUCACCGCAAACUUUACUGGACUGAUAGUGGGUGAGGCACACACACAUACGCAUACACACACUUCCUCAAAACUGUAACUUACUUCCAGAGCGAAUUCAACAUUUUGUGUUUCAGAUUGUUCUUAAUUUCCCGCAGCAGCUUAAAUGGUUUCGACAGAGAGAUCUUUAUUAAUGAAAACAUCCAGAAACCCAGAGGCAUCGCUCUUCAUCCUCAGGCACAGAAGAUAUAUUGGACAGAUAUUGGUGAUCGUCCCGCAGUGGAGCGGUCAGGUCUGGACAGAGACCAGCGUGAAACAGUGGUCAGCACCGGUCUGGUGUCUCCCAGUGGACUGGCUGUGGAUCACGGCUCUCAGCGUCUGUACUGGUGUGACCUGAGCACAAGUGUGAUUGAGACAGCCAACCUGGAUGGUUCUUAUCGCCGUAUAAUAAGCCAGAACCAAGUAGGUCGUCCAUUUGCCAUGGCAGUAUUUGAGAACGUGCUCUGGGUCAGUGACCUGGAGAAUCGUGUGAUCUUCCGGCUGGACAUGAGAUCUGGUCAAAACCCUGAGCGUUUACUUAUUGACUCCAUUCAACCAGCUGCUCUGGUUAUUGUCCAUCCUCUUGCCAAACCAGGAGCAGAUUUUUGUCUGGAUGGAAAUGGAGGGUGUGCACAAGUGUGUGAGAGCAGACUGGGACUCCCUCACUGCUCCUGUCACACCAAUCACGUUCUUUCAGCUGAUGGCAAAGGAUGCCUGAUGAUUAAUACAUCAUUCAGUGAGUCCAAUGAUGGUGAAUCAAAUGAUGGUCUGAGAAACAAAACCCUGAAUGAUGAGAGCACACCGCUGACCAUGCUUUACACAGAGAAGAUGGUUUCAGACGUUGAUGAAUGCAAAGCAGGCCUGGCAGAUUGUCGUGUUUCUGAGGCUGAAUGUGUGAACACGGCGGGUGGAUAUUUCUGUCAGUGCAAAAAAGGAUUCAGUGGAGAUGGUCAUCACUGUGUUGAUAUAGACGAGUGUCAACUAGAUUUCCAUGACUGCGAUGUAAACGCUGAGUGUUUCAAUGCAGUAGGAGAAUAUCAGUGUAGAUGCCGAUCUGGCUUCACAGGCACUGGUUUCAGUUGUCAGGCAGCAUUGAACGGCGCCUCCUUGUGGCCGAGUACUGCUAGUCCACCUGAUGUCACUUCAACAUGGCAACACAAUAAUGGCAUGCAGAGCUGCCCCUCCACACACGACUCAUACUGUCUGUAUGGCGGAGUCUGCUUCUAUUUUCCUGAGAUGGAGUCUUAUGCCUGCAACUGUGUGCUAGGUUACAUGGGGGAACGCUGUCAGUUCAGUGAUCUUGAAUGGUGGGAGUUGCAGCAGGCUGAAGAGGAGAAGAGGAGGAAUAUGGUUAUAGCCGUGUGUAUUGUGCUCCUCAUCACCAUUCUCUCCAUCGCUGCCUGCAUUACCUUCUGCUAUGGGCCAAAAAGACAUUUUGGAGGGUGUCCCUCAGAGGAUGGUGUUGGAGAAAUGAGCGCAAGUGAGGACAGUUUCACUGAGACCACAGCAGCCGCUCCAGAGGUCUAUGUGGUUUUGGACACUUCUACAUGCGCUGAUGAAAAGCUCCUUCAUGUUCAGUGUACCAGAUCAACAAUAUGCUCCUCUUGCCCUACACAAACAGAGACUGGAAAGCUACAGAGAGAUGGCUGUAGCCUGGCUUUUUCCAUCUGCUCAGUAUCCAGCGAUAUUCCCAAAAUACUGCUUACAGAGAAAACCACUGAUAAUCUAAUCUCCUUAGAGGAUGCUCAGAGUCAGAUAACAUCCCAGUGAUUCACCACAAAUAGUAUGACCCAUGAACUGCUAAUGUAAAUAUGUUCAAUAUUAAAGUCACUGUCAUUCAGUGGUACAAUACAUUACAGUACUUUUUUUUUUUACAAGAUUCCACGUUCAAGUAGAUGUAGUUAUUUGUUGCCAGAUUUUAUACAAAAGUAGGUCACAGCCUAUUUGCGGAAGUCAACGAUCCUUAAAAACCAUAGAAUAUGUUAAGACUAUUUCAUUUAAUCUAAAGAAAAUCUUGCCAUUUAAUUUCACUAUUGAGCCACGAUUAGACAUAAAAUCCAAAACCGUUUCUCCAAAACUGACGUUACACUAGCUUUGUAAAUAUUAAAGAUGCCUCGUUUUGUUUUGAGACAUUGGGUAGGAUGUUAUAUUGAAUCUUUUGUAUUAUAGUUAUGAAAAACCAUCACUGUUUUAGUAAUGGAAAACUGGCGAAGAGGAAAAUCAGACACACAUCCUGCUUUGUGAGCAGAAAAUAACAUGCACUUGGCCUAUUUUGCUUCAGGUGUUUGAGAAUAACAUUUCAGUGGCGUAUCUGGACCUGCUGACAUCAAUUCACAAAGAGACACAUUCAAUGCUGAAAUCUUACGUAUCAAAACCUUAUUAAACAGAUUUAUGUCUCGGUAUCCAAAAGAUAUAAACAGAUAUGUAAACAUGAUAUUUAAAUGGAUUAAAGUCUCCGGUUAGUGAAUGAA